GCAGAUCACUCCAGCUGCCUGCUUUUUUAUACAGUUUUAAUCAGUCGUCUCCACUCUCCUCCCUUCUGCAAAAUUGCAAAUCACCACCAACCUCGCACCAAAAAGAAGGAAAAAAAAUUGUAAAUCUCCUUCUCCUUUCUCGCCCUCCUUUCCCUCCCACCCUCCCUCCCUCUCCAGCUCGCUCGCCCUGCCUCCCUUCCCUUGCGGCAGCCGCUCGUCUCUCCGACUGGGUGUCUCUCCGACGGGACUUAGCAACUUCUUGGUUAUUUCUCAGCCCCCUUUCCGUUUUCACCACCUUUUGCCAUGAACUGGACCGACAGACGCAGGGAAGGCUGUGCUUUCUGCCCCAGGGAAUGGCGGUUCGCUUCCUGGGGCCGGGUCGGGGAGGAUCGGCCGAGGAGAAAGAAAGAGUGAUGGAGAGAGAGCCGCACUAAGGAGAGGAAGGGGCACCUCCGUCGGCUGCGGAUCCCUAGCGUGCAGCAGCGCCCGGGAUGGCUGCGAGCUUGCUCCGCGUCCCCGGCUCCAGCUGCGACCCCCGCACGCCGGACGCCUCGGGCGAUCUUUAAAAUCCUGAAGUCGGGAGAGACCCCGGAGGACCGAAGUCGGGGGUGGGGCUGGAGCGGAGAAUGCAGCAAAGCUUUUCCAAGAGAGAAAAAGAGGAAGUCUGACCGCUUCUGCCUGUGCUAGCUUUUCACUGGAAGGCGUCUCUUUGCAGCAUCGAGCCUUCUCCAGGAGUUAUUCGAAAGCUGAAACUUUCAGUGCUCGCGGGCCUGGGAGCAGCAGGGAUUCCGAGGGUGGGAUUGCGAGAAGAGCGGGCGUGAGCGCGCGCCUGUGUGUGUGGGGGUGUGUGUGUGUGCGUGUGGCGGGGUGGGGGCGCCGGGGGGGCCCUCGGGGACUCCGCGAAGAGGGCGCACCAUGGCCGUGCCGGGCGAGGCCGCCCGAGUCGGGGCCACGCCGGGCAACCGCGAGGCGAGGCCGGCCCCAGCGGCGGGCCCCGCAUCGCCCCGGGACGUGGGCUGCCGAGGCUGCUGGGGCGCCCGGGUGCUGCGGCCGCUCCGGCGCUCGCGGAAACUUUCCUCGGCGCUGUGCGCGGGCUCCCUGUCCUUUCUGCUGGCUCUGCUGGUGAGGCUGGUCCGCGGGGAGAUCGGCUGUGACCUGGAGCGGAGUAAGGAGGCGGCGGCGGCGGCGGAGGAGGAAGCAGCCCAGGCAGCAGAAGGGGGCGUCUUCCCGGGGCCUCGGGGAGGUGCUCCCGGGGGCGGCGCGCCGCUCGGCCCCUGGCUGCAGCCCUCCGCGCUGCUCUUCAGUCUCCUGUGUGCCUUCUUCUGGAUGGGCUUGUACCUCCUGCGCGCCGGGGUGCGCCUGCCUCUGGCCGUCGCGCUGCUGGCAGUCUGCUGCGGGGGGGAAGCGCUCGUCCAGAUUGGGCUGGGCGUCGGGGAGGAUCACUUACUCUCGCUCCCCGCCGCGGGGGUGGUGCUCAGCUGCUUGGCCGCCGCGACAUGGCUGGUGCUGAGGCUGAGGCUGGGCGUCCUCAUGAUCGCCUUGACUAGCGCGGUCAGGACCGUGGCCCUCAUUUCCCUAGAGAGGUUCAAGGUUGCCUGGAGACCUUACCUGGCGUACUUGGCCGGCGUGCUGGGGAUCCUCCUGGCCAGGUACGUGGAGCAGAUCUUGCCGCAGUACUCCGGGGCGGCUCCGAGGGAGCAUUUCGGGUCCCAGCUGAUCGCUGGGACCAAGGAAGAGAUCCCGGUGUUUAAGAGGAGGAGGCGGUCCAGCUCCGUGGUGUCCGCCGAGAUGUCCGGCUGCAGCAGCAAGUCCCAUCGGAGGACCUCCCUGCCCUGCAUCCCCCGGGAACAGCUCAUGGGGCAUUCAGAAUGGGACCACAAACGAGGGCCACGAGGAUCACAGUCUUCAGGAACCAGCAUCACUGUGGACAUUGCCGUGAUGGGAGAGGCUCACGGCCUCAUCACUGACCUCCUGGCAGACCCGUCUCUGCCCCCCAACGUGUGCACGUCAUUGAGGGCAGUGAGCAACCUCCUCAGCACGCAACUCACCAUCCAGGCCAUUCACAAGCCCAGGGUGAACCCCAUCGUGUCCUUCAGUGAAAACUACACCUGCUCUGAUUCUGAAGAAAGCUCUGAAAAAGACAAGCUGGCUAUUCCCAAGCGCCUGAGGAGGAGCUUGCCCCCCGGUUUGCUGAGACGAGUUUCAUCAACUUGGACCACCACCACUUCUGCCACAGGUCUGCCCACUUUGGAGCCUGCCCCUGUCCGGAGGGACCGAAGUGCCAGCAUCAAGCUGCAUGAAGCACCUUCAUCCAGUGCUAUUAAUCCAGAUUCUUGGAAAAACCCAGUGAUGAUGACUCUCACCAAAAGCAGAUCCUUCACUUCAUCCUACGCUGUUUCUGCCUCUAACCAUGUAAAGGCUAAAAAGCAAAAUCGACCAGGUUCCCUAGUGAAAAUUUCACCUCUUUCCUCACCCUGUUCUUCACCUCUCCACGGGACCCCCGCCAGCAGCCCAGUCAGCAAAAUUUCUGCAGUGCAGUUUCCAGAAUCUUCCGACGCAACUGCCAAAUCAGGCCUAAGUUCUCACCGGGCCUUAACUUACACACAGAGUGCCCCUGAUCUUUCUCCUCAGAUCCUGAAUCCGCCUGUCAUAUGCAGCAGCUGUGGCAGACCAUAUUCCCAAGGGACUUCUGCCGAUGGGCCCCUGGAAAGAAGUGGGGCGGCCAUUCGGACACCAAGCAGAACAGAUGACAUCACUCAAGUUACCUCUGAUUAUGAAACCAAUAACAACAGUGAUAGUAGUGAUAUUGUACAGAAUGAAGAUGAGACUGAGGGCCCCAGAGAGGCUCUGAGGAAGACGUCGGCUUGCAGCACCUAUGCUCCGGAGACCAUGAUGUUCCUGGACAAACCAAUUCUUGCUCCUGAACCUCUUGUCAUGGAUAACUUGGACUCAAUUAUGGAGCAACUGAAUACUUGGAAUUUUCCAAUUUUUGAUUUGGUGGAAAAAAUAGGAAGAAAAUGUGGCCGUAUUCUUAGUCAGGUAUCAUACAGACUUUUUGAAGACAUGGGCCUCUUUGAAGCUUUUAAAAUUCCAGUUAGGGAAUUCAUGAAUUAUUUUCAUGCUUUGGAGACUGGCUACAGGGAAAUUCCUUACCACAACAGAAUCCAUGCCACGGAUGUCUUACAUGCUGUUUGGUAUCUCACGACACAACCUAUUCCAGGCCUCUCAACUGUGAUUAAUGAUCACGGAUCAGCAAGCGAUUCAGAUUCUGACAGUGGAUUUACACAUGGCCAUAUGGGAUAUGUAUUCUCAAAAAUGUAUAAUGUGCCUGAUGAUAAAUACGGAUGUUUGUCUGGAAAUAUCCCUGCCUUGGAGUUGAUGGCCUUGUAUGUGGCUGCAGCCAUGCAUGACUAUGAUCACCCAGGAAGGACUAAUGCUUUCCUGGUUGCAACGAGCGCCCCUCAGGCGGUGCUCUACAAUGAUCGCUCAGUCCUGGAGAAUCAUCACGCGGCUGCCGCAUGGAACCUUUUCAUGUCCCGGCCAGAUUAUAACUUCUUAGUUAACCUUGACCACGUGGAAUUUAAGCAUUUCCGUUUCCUUGUCAUUGAAGCAAUUCUGGCCACUGACCUGAAGAAGCACUUCGACUUUGUUGCCAAAUUUAAUGCCAAGGUGAAUGAUGAAGUUGGAAUAGAUUGGACCAAUGAAAAUGAUCGUCUACUGGUUUGUCAAAUGUGUAUAAAGUUGGCUGAUAUCAAUGGGCCAGCUAAGAGUAAAGAGCUCCAUCUUCAGUGGACAGAGGGUAUUGUCAAUGAAUUUUAUGAACAGGGUGAUGAAGAGGCCAGCCUUGGGUUACCAAUAAGCCCCUUCAUGGACCGUUCUGCUCCUCAGCUGGCCAACCUUCAGGAAUCCUUCAUCUCGCACAUCGUGGGUCCUCUGUGCAACUCCUACGAUUCAGCAGGACUAAUGCCAGGGAAAUGGGUGGAAGACAGUGAUGAGUCAGGAGACACGGAUGACCCAGAAGAGGAGGAGGAGGAAGCACCAAAUGAAGAGGAAACCUGUGAAAAUAAAGAAUCUCCAAGAAAGAAAAUUUUCAAAAGGAGGAAAGUCUACUGUCAAAUAACUCAGCACCUCCUGCAGAACCACAAGAUGUGGAAGAAGGUCAUUGAGGAGGAGCAGCGGUUGGCGGGCAUAGAGGACCAGUCCCCCCAGCAGCAUCCCUCAGAACAGAUCCAGGCCAUCAGGGAAGAAGAUGAAGAAAAGGGGAAGCAGAAAGGAGAGGAGACCCCAGCCCCAAAGCCAAACCAGUGACAAUGGAUAGAAUGAGCUAUGUUUCCAAACAGAGUUACUUGUCACACAGACUCUUUUCAAGCCAGCACAACACUUAGACACACACUGUAGAAAUACAAGAAGAUGGGCAAAUGGCGACGGCAUUUUGGGAUUCUUCGCGUUUUAUGUGUUUAUUUUUACAGUGAGGUACAGGAUUUAAGAAACUCUUGCUCAGAGAAGCUUUCACAUUGUAACACCAGCUUCCAAGGAUUUUUUUUUUUAAAGGAAGAAGUAUAUACGUGUGUGUGUAUAUAAGCUCUCACUUAGAUCCAUGUAAAACAUAUUCACAGACACACAUGCAAACACACAGACACUCUGAAAGCUGGGAUUCCUGGCCCCACAAUUUAAUAACGUUCAUAUUAAGAUAUAUAGUGGUCACUGUGAUAUAAUAAAUCAUAAAGGAAAAAAAAAUGAAGGAAAGCAAAUCACAAAGGAGAUGGUGCGGCUUAGCCCAGAAGCAGGACAGCAAAUGAAGUUAUGACUAAGGAGCGUUUGCUCUUAGUCCUGAGGGAUGAAAGUUCCAGAGCAUUGGUUGAAUUCUGGUACAUCCUGCCAACAUUGUAGGCGUGUGUGUGAGAUAGAAGUGAUGCUCAGGUGUAUGUACGUUUGUGUGCACCUAAAGAGGGAAUUGGCUUUGGUCGUUCACAGCAUGGCUGCAGCAGACAAUUCAGCACACAUGAACAAACAGGAUGAAGUGUGCUCUGGAGUGUCUCCGCCUCUAUUUGGCUUCAGCUGAAGCCCCUUUGCAGACGGAGGGAAUUAGCAGGAUGAGGGACAGGGCCACAGGUCUGGUUCUCCUGCUGUCACCAGCCUUAAGCCCGGAAGACUGAGGCAAUUUCCAGUCUAGUCGCCGAAUGAAUGUAUAGGAGCUGUUUGUGAGUCUGUCUGUCAUUCACCUAAGAUCAAUUCACCAUGGAAGGGGAUGGCAUUCUUUACACAGAAACACCUCAGAAGGAGCUGGAGUUGGGUCUUUUCAUCAGGUGAGAAUUCUAAAAGGUAGUCAGAGAAGACCUGGGAAAUGACUCUUCACUGGGCUCUCCCAUGUCUUAAUUUGCUGCAAAAUGUGUGGUAGAAAAAGAAAGGAAUGCAAACAGAAACCCACUCUGGGAUAGAUGGUGAGAGAUGAAGGGGAAAUUUUCCAACCUAGGGUUUGGUAUUUAUUGACAUAGUGAAAGCCUGAUUCUUGGAGGCUGUUGAAGGUUGGCUUUUAGUUGGCUAAAGUUGCACGGACAACCCUGUUGUAUUCCAUGAGGGGUGUGAUGGGGUGGCUUAUGUCUGCAACCUGGCCCAUUGUCAUGUUUCUUUUGGCAGGGAGGACUCAAGAGGGAUUUGGGGGGGAUUGGGCCAAUCAUUGAAAGUCUUUUUUUGUUUGUUUUUGGUUUAUCUACACUUGUUUAUGCUGUGAGCCAAACCUCUAUUUAAAAAGUUGAUACUCACUUUCAAUAUUUUAUUUCAUAUUAUUAUAUAUUUGUCAUUAAUAGUUACCUUGAUGUAAAUAUAAAGAUUUGUUUGUGUUUCUGUAGAUAGUUAACUUUUUUUUAAAGGGAAAAGGGAAACAAUUUUAUAAAGUUCUAUUUUAAUCACCAUUUUUAUACAUUGUAGCUAUCUCCAAGCCCAGUAAGAGUGAUGGUUCAUUUGCAUGAGGUCUAUGAACACCCACUCAUCUACCUGUUCUAAUUUAAAUAAUCAUCUGAUACAGUUAUUUUAUGCCAAUUAAAUGAGGAUGCUGCAAACAACGUUUUUUCACUAGUAAGUAACUUCGGGUAACUCUUGGAUCCGUGUCUCCCUAGCAAAAGACCGUCUUAAUCCUGAAUGUUUAUAAUCAGUGUCCCUUUCUUCCCAAGACUUUUUGCUUAUAACUUUUCCUUCAGUACAGUACAAUAGUCAAGCCUGUUCAUCAUCUAAACAACCUUAGCUUCAAGUAAAUCUAGCUUGUAAUUUCUACUUUUUAUUUCUUCUAAAAUCAUAGAAAAGAGUGUUUACAUUGAAAUGCCUUUGUUUCUUAUGAAUGGAUACUCUUCCCUUCUAAAACAAUGAUUAUACAAUAAUCCAUGGCAUUCUUAAAGUAAGGCAAAGAUAGUACAAUCAAAAAUAAAGUUUCAAGGCAACUUUCCCAAUAAGUAGGAAAAUAUGAAAAUGAUCAAAUGGAUGUAGAUUCUACCUAAAUGAGGUGUUUUUGUUUUUUUCUUUUUCUGGUUAAUACCAGGUCUUCAUUGUUUAGGACUUACUUUUUUUUUUUUCCCCCUUGUAUUGCCUGUCUGUCCCUAUGUUUGCAAAACUUACUGUGAGUCAAAUACAUUUGCCAAGCAAAUUUAACUAUUUUUCUUUCGUUGCAAAUAACAGAAGGAUUUAGAAAAGCACUUAUAUUCACAUACCUCUUGUGUCUAAUUAUUUAACAAAGCUAAUCUUUUCCCCUGCUCCAAAUGCCAUAAAUAUAAAAGUGAAGGGAAAGAAAUAGGUGCUGAGGAGGUUGACUGGCAGCAAAAUACUUCUGAAUCCAUAACCGUGUAUUGGUGGUUUCAUCAAAGCUCCAAUGUAGGUAACCCCAAGUAGGAGCCAACCUGGCUGCCAGAGGAGAAGUCUAAGCAUGUGGCCUGAUUUUCCUUUUGUUUGAAGUACGUGAAAUAAUGAUAGCCAAAGCAGUGAGAACCUCUUCAUUCCAGAAAUGUGCUCAUCAGUCCAGGCAGAUUAACCAUUUGUUCUUCCAAGAUAAAUUGUCCAUGUGUUAAAGCUAAAAGUCAGUUCAAAAAAAGGAAUGGAGAUUCAUCAAGUGUGUGACUUUCAGACACCCCCCACCUAUAUCCCAAAGGAUGCCGAGGGCCGUGAAAAGAUACUUUCUGCUAGUGAUGGUCUCCCUGUCCUUGGUGACAGCAAUAUUACAGUGUUCCCUUCCAGCUCCAAAGCUUACUUCCUGUGGUGCCAGUGUAUUUGUUGCGAUUUACUACAUUUUUAUAUGAGCCUAAUUAUAGGUGCCAUUAGAUAAACUCAGGUCUUACAAAGGAAGGAAUGUCUAGCCCUUUUACAGAGAAGGAGAACUGUAUGGACAGCCAUGAAGUUAAUGGUAGGAAAAGUAGGAAUUGGUGACCUUGAUGCUUGUGGUUGCUCUCUGUUCAGUAAAAGACCAGGUAUACAAAAUGUGUCACCAAUAUCAUUUCCUGCAUGCUGAUAGAAUGUCUUUCUGGUUAUCAGUCUAAGCCAACCCUGAGGAUAUAUUGUUUCCUUGGUGAAAACACCGUGUUAGCAUAUUUUAAAACUAUAAUUUGUUUUGGUAAUUUACAUAAGACCUGGUUUUGCUCUUAGUCGAAAAUGAAGACAGUAGCUCUGUAUAGGGAUUUAUCUAUGUUGGUCUUCAUCUGAGAAGUGAAGGAAUUUCCUCAUAUUAUGUUUAAGAAAAUAUCUACUUUCUAAACACAAAAAUCCCCAUUAUGUCUAUUCUGUUUUGAUGGAAUUCCAGAACAAAUCCUAACCAUUGCAGUCCCAGUAAAACUAAAGAUAAGGCAUUGUAUGUCAAGCAGGCUUCAUUGCACGUCUGUAUUGCCAUUUCCUCACGCCCUUGCCUCUCUAAGAUUUGCAGUGUCCCUGUCACCUUCCCAGAGAACUUUCAUUGAAGGUAAAAGCUGUGCAAAAGGCAUGAGACUCAGGCCUAUUCUUUGUUUAAAUGAUGAAAAAAUAUAAAUUAUUUUCUAAGUAAUAAAGAUAUGAAAAUUAUCAUUGUAAAUAAAGUCUAAAGUUUGAAACAACUGCUUUACAAACGUGAACUAUUUGUGUUAUGGACAACUAGCAAAUGAUGAGUCAAAAAAAACAAUUUCUUUUCUGCUUUAGGAGGUAUCUUGGAUGCUUUCAUGUUAGUUUAGGGAUCUCCACUGUCCUUGUCAUUUACAAAAUUUCUAAAAUAAUAGUGAAAGCCACAAUAAGGGUCUUAUAAUCCUACUCUUCCAUUCUAAGUCUGAUUCCUGCUUAAUACUUUUCCUUUUUUCAAACUGGCAGACGACUCCAGUAAAACAGAGUCUGUACACUUUCAUAGUCUAGAGUUAAUAUAAUUCUCCAUGUAAUAAUCAGCUAGUGAAUGUGGGGGAAAAAAAUCAAUAAAAUUUCAAAUGCUAAUAGCUCACUUCCUGAUAUCUGAGUACUACAAUGUCUAUAUACUCUCAGACCAAACUGAAUUCCUUUCAUCUGCCUUCUGUCCUAAUAUGCAGCAGAAUACUGCAUAACCAUUGUUCUAGGUCAUUCAUUUCUCUCAUGAUUUCUCUAUGAAAUAAAAGCAUGACCUUGCUGAUACUGUCUGUCCACCCAAAUGGAACUCUAGGCGACCAGGGUCUUUCCUGGUGAUCCAGUGGUUAAGACCCCAUGCUUCCAAUGCCGGGGGGCCUGGUGUGGGUUCAUUCCCUGGUCGGCAAAGAAAGAUCCCACGUGCUACCCUGCAUGACCACACGCUCCCUACCCCCUGCCAAAAUAGAACAAUUGGCCAUUUUAGGUGACAGACAUUCUGGAAUUAAACUAUGCUUAGCAUUUCUAAUCAGAGGGAACUAUACCAGUUUUAGGUCUUAUAUUCAUUUGUUCCUCCAGAAAAUACUCAAAUUCUUAUUGUGAAUUUGGGGAUAAAGUAAUUAACUAUAAGCACUGAGUCAAACUAUAAGCAGUGCAUUAGAUAAUGAAUUUAAAUUGAGGUUUGCAUAAGUAUUUGUGGUUUCUCACUAGUGAGCCAUGGCUUGAGAAGAACAAGGAUGUGUUUUUCAAUCUAUAUUAUGCACCAGAGAUGUUAGCUAAUUUGUGCGGCCAUGUAACAUAUUUCAUUUGUUAAAAUGAUGCUGCUUUUACCUCAUCUGAACUGAUCUUUAUGUUCACACUAUCAAAUCAUUCUAACAGCAGGUUAACAAUGGUGACAAAAAAUAAUUGAACGUUUUGUUGUUAAAUAUGUCUGAAUAUAGAAAACUGAAGAUUAAGGCAUUAUUUAGUUGGUGAAACUCAAUAUCAUGAUCCAAAAAAUACUGAUCUGGUAUAAGUUGUUUUUAUAUUCCAUACGGUAAGACUAUACGAAAUUUUGACAUGUGCUUAAGGCUCUUAUGAAUCCAAAAUCCCCAUCUAAAGGCAGCUAGUUAUUUUCCCUGUCAUACUUAUAAGGUUGAUUAUAUAGAUAGGCAUUAGUAUCAUGGAUUUCUACAUCCCUGAGGAGUUAUGGAGCAAAGAAGAAAAGGCAGGCCUUAUUAUUGAUAAGAAUACUGAAUAUGUCCACGUUCAGACAAAUUUUCUCAAUUGUUUCACAUUAAGAAGUGAUUCUUUAAUCAUGCACAUAAUUCAAACAAAAAAUGUUUCAAAGAGAAUAAUAUUAAAUCAUCAUACAUACCAUCAAGAAUAUUAAAUUUCAGUAUUUGAAACAAAGCUUUUAACACUUCUAAUCAAUUAAAAUGAAACCCACAAAAUGAUAUUUCAUAGUGUAGAGAUGCUAAAUGUUUUGAUAUAAUCAGAACUACUAUUAUGUAACAGAAAACUAGAAAAAAAUAUUUAAUUCUUUUUCUAAUACCCUGUAUGCCUCAGGGAGGAAAAUAUUUUAUGAAGAGUCUAAUAAAUACAUGAAAUAGAUAAAAAUAAAUUUAGUUCCCAUAAUUUAAUUAGAUUUAGGGUAUAGAGUCUGAAUUAUCCCAAGAAAGAGAAAUGCAUUAUCUAGCAAUUUGUCGUGGUUUAGGUUGUUUUAAGAUAAAUGUUAGUCACUCAGGCGUGCCCAACUCUGCAACCCCAUGGACUGCAGCCCACCAGGCUCCUCUGUACAUGGGAUUUUCCAGGCAAGGAUACUGGAGUGGAUUGCCAUUUCCUUCUCCAGGGGACCUUCCUGACCCAGGGAUCAAACCAGGGUCUUCUGCGCUGCAGGCAGAUUAUUUACCAACUGAGCUAGGAGGGAAGUCCUUGUUUUAAGAUAAAUGAUUUACCAAUGUAGAUUGUAUUUCACUAAAUUCUAACACAGUUAAGAACCCAAAUACUUAUCUUCAUUACUGAGAAAAAUUAAAUCUUACUAAUCUUUCACAGAGCAAGCACUGACCAAUCAAUAAACCACACACACUACAUUCAUCUGCCAAGACUGAUCAAAUAAUAGGUUAAAAUUUGAAAUUCACAAAUAUAAAAAUAAUUUAAAAAGUAUUUUUAAAGCAUAAAUGCUUUAAAAUUUUGGUGUCAGUAGAAAUACCUAUUUCAGAUGAAACACACAAACUCUUUGACCAAAAAAAGUCAAAUUAUAGGGGAAAAGUAUAACUUAUUUCCAAUUUUACUUGUCUAACUCAAAAUCUGUACAGGAAAAAUCCAUCAGAAAUUCUCUUCUCCCAUGAUAAGGAGAAAGAGUACUUUCACCUCGUUUUAAUGCACCACACCUAGUUUCAUCUUGCAGCCCAAUGGUACUGAAAACCAAAAAAGAAAAAAAAAAAAGCAGUGGAUUGGGAGUGAACACUGCAUAAAACUUGAAGGCUCAUCCCAGGACCCCUCUCCAUCUUUUUUGUGGCAAACCAAUUUAGUUCUUAGUUACUCUAGAGCAAAGGGACUUAAUGGAUCCAUAUUUCAACCCUGACUUCUUUCACAGUCAGCACUUACACACACAUUUUGCAAUGUGAACUAGCCCUUAGCUGCUUGAAUACUUUUUGAAGGGAGGGAUUUUUUUUUUUAUUCUAGUAAUUUUUCUUGCUAUAUAAUAACAGAAUAUUCAUAUAGUUUAAUGUGAAAUUAAAAGUAAUUAUCUAAAGAUGUUUUCUUUGUGUAUAUCAGUUGUUAGUUGAUAGAAUUUUCCAUCACUUUUCUUUUGAGAAUUGAUCAUAUUUAUGACUCAAAAAUGCAUAUUAUACCAGAUAUUUCAUUUUAGCUAUGUAUAAGCAUAAUCCAGUACUACAGUAUUUCUAUCUUUAAAUAACAACCCUGACAUACCUAUUUAUCACCUGUCAGUGGAGUUUCAAUGGCUUGACGUUAAGUAUAUAUUUGUUAAUUAGUUUAAAAAAAUCACUAUUUUAAUACUCUGUAAAAUAUGUGCAUGGGAUAUUUUGCUAUAUUUGCUUAACUGGUGCAGUUUUUGCCAUUUAUGAAUGUCAGUUCAUUUCCUAAUACAUUCUCACAGAAGAAUGCAUACCAUUUCUAUUUCAACAAGAAUAGUGUGUUAGUUGACAAGCACUGGAAAUAAAUUAUCUCUAAUUCCAAUUACCCCCUUAUAUUUCUUCCUACAGAUUUUUUUGUCAUACAAAUCACAAAAUGAAAUUGGUGCUCUUUCAGGUAUUCUGAAAUUCACAAUGCAAAAUAAUGAAAACAGGACUCUCCCUGGCUUUUUAUAAUAAUAUUAAGAUAUGCAACUGAAAGAACUUUAAUUCAGAGUACUUUGGGUUUUGACUGGUUUGGUUAAAUUGAUUUGGGUUUUGGUGUUAAAAUAUGUUGUGAUUCUUGGUGGGGCAGUUGCUCUGAUCAGUCAUUACCUCUUCCUGACAAAAACUUUCAUUGGAAAGUUCAAAUUAGCAUGUCCCAAGUAUUUGUCUCCAUAUUAUUUUUAAACCAGAGAGUAUUGGAUUAAUUUAAUUUAGUAUUCCUAAAAAGCAAUAUUUUCAAAUAACUACCAAAGUAACACUGUAAGGGAUGUCAUUUGUACAUGAUGAUUUUUAACAAUGUAAUGCUCAUCAAUCUUGACCAAACCUGAAUAUGUUUGUUAAUAACUUUCCAAAUUUAUCAACUUUUAAAAACAAGAGAAUGAGGCAUUGAACUUAAGUGAUCAUUUUGCAGUUGAAAUAAAUCUUGUCUUCUCACCUGUAUCUUGCACUUAAUAUAUGUAGCAAUACUUUGUAUUGUCCUAUAACAAGUAUUUGUUAAGUGACUUAGUUAAUGACUGAUAAAUGUUUUGUAAAAAGUAGAAUCUGUACAGAAAAAAAAAUUAGAUAAAUUGUAUUUAUUUUUAUUAUUUUUUAGCUUAGACACUAUAAUGAUGCUCCUUUUUGGCCAGAAUUACUGGAAGUGCCUCUUGGUUUUAUAUAUAUAUAUAUAAAUGUUAUAGUAAAUAUAUACUCAAAAUUAUUAGAAUUGUGUCACAGAUGAUUGAUGUGGAUGUUACAAUGUGAAGACAAUGUAUAAUAUAAAUAUUCUGUGGUAUCAUG